AAAGAUAGGAAAGAAGCGUCCACACACCUGCGUGUGCUGUUCCGGGAAAUGAAAAGGUUUGCUCUACAUAAGAGUGUCUUAUACCGGCAAACUAAAGACCCUUUGUCUGGUGAGGUAAGGCUCCAAUUAGUAAUCCCGCAUAGCUUCAUUGGCCAAGCUAUGCGUGGAAUCCAUGAUGACUGUGGCCAUUUGGGCUUUGACAAGUGUGCCUCUCUUGCGAAAACACGGUUCUACUUUCUGUUUAUGGCGUCGACCAUUAAGAAAUGGAUUGACCAGUGUGACAGGUGCAUAAAGCGGAAAAGGAAACAGGAACGGGAAGAAAUGGGCACCAUCGUGACUACUCAGCCAUUGGAACUUCUAUGUUUGGAUUAUCUAAGCAUAGAACCUGACAAUGGAGGGGUAGAAAAUGUUCUAGUCAUGACGGACCAUUUUAGUAAGUACUCUGUAGCAGUCCCAACCAAAGACCAGCGUAGUUCCACAGUGGCGAAAGCCCUGUGGGAGAACUUUAUUGUUCACUAUGGCUGGCCAGCCAAGAUCUUAACCGACCAAGCACAGGACUUUAAUUCUAAGUUGAUUAAGGAAUUAUGUAGCAUGGCCGGAGUAGAGAAAGUCCGCACUACCCCAUACCAUCCCCAAGCUAACCCCGUAGAACGGUUUAACCGUGUCCUGCUAGACAUGUUAGGAUGUCUUUCCGAUAAGGGUAAAUCCGAAUGGAGAAAACAUGUCAGCCCCCUUGUACAUGCUUACAAUGUUUGCGAGCAUGAUACGACACACUUUUCUCCAUACUUCUUGAUGUUCGGCAGGAAUGCUCGCUUGCCCAUUGAUCUUGCCUUUGGCAUUGACCCCCAGUGGUCGUCAGAGAAGGACAAGACAACAUAUGUCAAGAAUCUCCGGGAACAGCUUAAGGAAGCGUAUGAUAUAGCGUCAAGAAACAUGGCUAAACGUAGUAGUGCAAACAAAAAGCAGUAUGAUCUUAGAGCUAAGGCCCCCGUUUUGGAGGUAGGUGACCGUGUUCUGGUAAAGAACGUGCACUUGCGCGGAAAGCACAAGCUAGCGAACAGGUGGGGUGACAAUGUAUAUGUCAUUCUACAUAAGAUAGGUGAAUCCCCUGUCUACCGCGUGCAGAAGGAAGGAAGCACGGAUACCCCUAGAGUCCUCCAUCGUAACCUCCUCCUCCCAUAUGACGGACCUGACAAUGACAGACCCAAUGACACUGACUUGCCAACCACCAAGCCUCCAGUUACUAGUCAAAGACAAGCGACUCCACGUAGUAGAAAUACUGCUAACACAGUAAUUAAUGAGGAAGAAGAUGAAGACAACGAUGGGGACAUCUUCAUCAUACCAAAUGAGUCUGUCCCUAUUGAACAUACUCCAGACCCUAACCCCUCACUUGACGAAAAUGACAUUAACCCACCAGAUCAAAGGACCGAUUUGGCUAUUGACAUAAAUCACCAUGACGAUAACCAUGACGACAGGCAUGAACAUGUAAGGAAUGUGAAUGAUAUCACUCAAAAUAAUAACUUUGAUAAUCCUGAUAAUGCUGUCGAAGAGGAUAAUAAUCAGACGGUUGCGCAAAGCGACGCAGUUGAUAAUGGUGUGAAUGUGGAUGUUGAGGUGGAUGUGCGUGAUUCUAGUGAUGGUGAUCGUGCGGAUGCCGGAGUCGAUGAAAAUGUAAAAGUAAGAAAAUCUACCAGGAAUACUAAAGGUGUAGGACCUAGUAGGCUUACGUAUGAUCAACCUGGAAAACAAUACGAUGUAGAUUUUAAGUUGGCUCUCGCUCAACAAAUGCGAGCAUUUUUGAAUGAUUUGUUGUAAUUAAUUAUAUUUGUUCAUGUUAAUAUAGGAUAGUUCAAUAGAUACUAUUACGUCGGUUUUCCGAGAUAUGUUUGUUUUUUGUAUUUAAUAAUUGUAGAUUCCUUCUUAGCUAAUACGCUAGUACAAUAUGCUAAUGUUAGGGUAUGUCCUAGGAAUGAGGGUUCUCACAUCUAAGUGUUAGGACGGAGGGAUCUACCUGUGGCCGCCAUCGAAUCUGCGAGAUGCAGCUAUUAGCCUGUCCCGGUCUGCAACGCUGGAUCGACAAGGACCUAGUACAGCCACCAAAGAUGAUUGCAGCUAGGGGAUGCAGUGCUCAUCGUUCUGCAUUUACUGAACUUUGAUGCCGCCUAUCGCGUAUAAACAAUGAAGCUGAGAGUACUUCUACGCGGAGCUGCAAUUCACCCUGAAGUCAUCGUAGACAUACACAAAAAGAUGAACAUUGGAACAAGGAAAGUCAACAAUACUUCACCGUAUUCAUCUCAAGUUCACCGGAUGCCGAGAUGAAUCUCUGUAACUGAACAGAUUCUGACCGACAUGGAUUCGGCAGGACCAUGAACUAGUGGCGUCGCCAUUAUGAUACGUGAGUCAGGAGAACCUUGGCACGGACUGCGAAACUUUUUGUAUCGAUCGAUACCCUUGAAGACCACACAGUGACAUCCGAAGAGAGUCACUAACAUUGUGUAUAAUGAGCUUCAUGAAUAUUUGUAUGUCGGCUGUUGUCGUGAUGUGGACAUCUGCUUUUAGGGCGGAAGAAUAUGUAGCCCCUGUUUGGUGCAACAUUAACAUUAUACAUAAAGUUAUACACAUUUUAUCACAUGUUUGUAAAAUUACAUGUGAGUCCAUGAAUUUUAUAACUUUGCCCUUUUCACCUUAUUGAACAUUCCACAUGCCCAGUGCAGUGAGGAAAUACAUAGUACAUAUAUAUGCCCAUAGUCUAUACAUACGAGUACACACGUGUGCCUUGUAUGUGGUAUACCAACUGUUCCUGGAACCAGGGGAGAACAUCGCCGUCCCCCUGAAACAUGAGUCAUGAGUCAUGUGUGGUCAAGAUUGACCAUGGUUGGGUCACUCCAUUCUUUUAGCCUAGGGGUGUUAUGGCCUAUGAAUUAAUGUUCAUAAAUACAUAUUGUAUUAAUUAUGAUUGUUUAUUGAUUGUUUAUCUUUCUCCACUUGGGAAAGUUAUUUAUAUGAUUAUACAAUGUUUCAUCUGUAUCAAUGUUGUAUGAUGUAAUUGUUAAAUGCUUAUCCUGAACAUGUAUUAAUGAAAGUAUUUAAGCUUUUUACCUCUAAGUUGGGAGAUGGCAUAACCCAUCUCAAAGUCAGCCAUCUUCUCCUCAUCAUCAGCCUCUUUUGUCUCCAACCUCCAUUGGGACAACACCAUAUUAAUUGUCACUGACAAUAUUUAAUAUUUCUUCUCUUUAGGUAAGCACAUUAUUACACUUUUUGAAUAUCUUACUCAAUUAUAACCAACUGUUGGCAUUAUGUAUUUCUCAAGAGUGGAUGGUUAUGCAGUUGUGAGAUUUAAACGGAUUUUGUGUAAAGUUGUUGUAGAGAUGG